AUGAGCUACUACACGGAUGGCACAAACCUCAGAGAACUUCCUGGCUUUUAUAUCAUUUUACCAUCCGGUUUAGUUGCUGGUAUUCCAAAUUUAAUUUGCUUAAUUUACUUAUUUGUGAGGACGCUAUCACGAUGGUGGAUAACGAAAAAAUCCUUGCCAAUGGUUCAUAGGGUUCCAUUUUACAUAGCAGUUACAGAGUUCUGUAUACUUAUUAUAAAUUACAUCAAUGCAGGAUAUUCGGCAAUUUAUGGUCAAACUCUCCAAGGAGUAGGAUGUAAAUUAGCUGGUGGAUUAACCUUCUUCGCUGUCACAGCUAACAUGGCUUUAGUUGGAUUAUUGUCUUUAGUGACAUAUCUUAGAAUAUGUAGAAAACGCUUUUUUGACAUGGGAAUAUAUGACUAUAAACUUCAUUCGAUUAUUCUUACAAUAACUUUAACAUUAACCUUGAUUGGAGUUAAGGAUUAUGGUCCGAAUAAAUUUUGGUGUUAUAGUGCGCCAAGUGAUCCAAUAACACCAUUAAUAACUACUGCAAUGAUUUUUUUAAUAAUGAUUGUUACUUUAUUUUGUUAUCUUGCUACAUUAUUACAAGUUAAUAUCCAACAAAAUAAGAUGCGAAAUCUUGGUUCUGACUCUGCUACAGUUAGCCGCAUUGAUCUUCUUGUUGCAAAAAAAAUUAUUGGUUAUAUCCUAAUAUUUCUUAUAGAAUGGACUCCUACAAUUAUUUAUUUUAUAGCUCAAAUGCUUCAGUACGAUAAUAUGUGGAUUUACACUGUAGCGGUAGUUUUUAUAAACUUUGGUGGUAUAGGAAAUGCGAUCAUAUAUACUGUGCAUGAAAAUUGGACAAAUAAAUAUGAUUCAUCCGCUAACACUAACGAUUCCAAUAAAAGUAGCACUGGAAGUGAUGCUAAUAUGUUAAAUAGCAUCGAUGGAACUAGCAGAAAUAAUCAAGAACCACUUUCUCAAAUAAAAAUUCAUAAUUCUGUUACGGUUGAAAAAGAAAUUUUUGCUUUUAAUUCAUCAAAUUUGGAUUUAUCAAAUCAAGAAUGA